AAUUGAAAAAUAUUGAAAUUAGAAACCCAAAGAAAUAUUUACACUUAAAUUAAAAUAAUAUUUUACUUUCAACACUGUAAUUCCACAGUUAUAAAUCCCUGAAUAUUACAAGCGUCAGUCCAAAUCACUUCUUCAUAAAGAAAUUCUAUUUUAAAAAACGUCGCAUCUUAAAACACACGCGCGAUUGAAAGUUAAAAUAUUUAAAAAUGAAUCACUGUUCUUGCUCGCGACAAUGCUUUCUCGGUUCCCUUUCUUUAGUCACCUUACUCUUCUUCGUAUUGAAUUAAAAAAAAGGAAAAAUAAAUCAAAAUUAAAAAUUUGAAAAUUAAAUAAGUUUUGGUAAAAAAAAUUUAGUUUUUGAAAAAAGAUUCACAAUCAACAAUGAUGAACCGCGCGGCAUAAGAGCAGAUCCUCGACUGAAUGAUAAACUAGCCUUGAUUGGCUUAAUAUAGUACGGCGAGGACUGUAAUUGGUCGUUCUUUGCGCGCGGGAAAUGAUUGGUCAAUUUAAUCCUAGAACCGUGGUGCAUUAAGCAUUCAACCGGCGUUCACUCCCUAUUAAAUGUCUGCUUCAGCCUUCCUUGGUGAACAUAUUUAUGUAUAUGUAUAUAUACACAUAAAACGAUGGUAGUUGUUUAAAGUUAUACUGUCGUUUGCUGCCGAUGAUGUUCUUUCUUUAUCACUUUUUUUCUUUCUUUCGUUAUUCUUCUUCUUUUUUUUCUCUUUUUGCCUCCGCUCUAAAUCAAUUUACCAAUUGAAAUCACUGCCGGACCCGAGCAAUGCCGAGUACUGAAUGGUUGAGAGUUUGUCAUGACAUGAGAGUACAACUAAACUUUCUGGAUUUGAAAGUUAAUCCAAUUCGAAAACGUAUUUUGAAAUCAAAAAUAUUUAUGAGGAAAAUUGGAAGCAACUGGACGUUUUUUUAUUUCGAAAUGAAAAAAGUAUUUGAGGAAAAAUCUUACAAGCUUUUUUUCGAAAUGAAAAAAAUAUUUGAGGAAAACUGUGAGCAAUUUUAUUUUCGAAACAUUUUGAGCAAUUCAGACGAAGAUUACAAAUACUGGAUGAAAAAUUGCAAGAAAUGGCACGAGAAAAGGAUCGCCAUUCACAAAAGCAAAUUACGGUUGAAGACUAUGAAUAGGUCCUCGACGGUAAAUUGGCAAACAAUGAGGGUGUGUAUUGGAGCAGUUAGUUUUGACGGAAGAAAAGGGCAGUUUGUUGAUUAAUGGUACAUUGGCUGUGAGCCCCCAUCGCCGUCGCAAUCGUCGUCGUCGUCGUCAUCAUCAUCAUCAUCGUCAUGGAAUUCUCCCGAGAGAGGAGAGAUCUAAGUGAUCGAGAGAAUACGAGAGGGGGAGGUAGAGAGAGACCUAUGGAUCAAGACUUUGUAUUUUAUAUUUAAUAUAAUUACAAUGGUUAUACAUCUCACACCAAAAAAAAAAAAUGAGAGAAAAAGAUUCUCUAUCGGUUUUCUCAUGCGGGCUCACACUCGUGAAUUCAUUAAAAAUUAUAUUAUAUACGACCCUAUUCCGGUUCCGCUGGUAAAUGCCCACACAAUAUCAGCAUUUUUUCCGACUACACAAAACGUGUAAAUUCACGGUCAAUAAAUUUAGAUGACGAGAAUUGCAAAUAUUGAUGAAAAUUGAUGAUACACAGAGAAAGGAUUGACUAUUGCGCAGAUGGAGGACUGAGGAGCAUCGUCCUAUAAGCGAGCAGAAAACUUUUUAGUGAGACAUGCGGGUAUAAUUUUUGCACGAGUGAGACACGUCAUCAUAAUUUCACUCACAAAUGCUGGGUUAAUUGAUUAAUUACUCGACUCGAAUCGUAACACGAGGGUUUGUGUUCUCUAUUCUCAUAUUUAUUCGAAGGAAAACAAAAUUGAUUUCUUACCUUACUUAAAAUGUAAUGCUGGAAGUAUCUAUGUGGCAGCUUACGUUGGAAUGGAUGUCAUUGGAAAUUCAGUCUUCUGAAUGUACAGAGUACAGAAGAUUCACACAUGCACAGGUGUUUUUCUGAGAUCACGUGUGCCAUAUGUUUCUUGUGCUACAUUGGUCUUUAUUACAUAUGAAUUUGUCUCCUCGACUUAUUUCGGUAUUCAUCAAUUAAUAGUUUUUUUUUUUUAAUUUUAGUCUUCUACUUUCAAUUUCAUUAUGCAUUUGGAUCAUUAUCAUUUUUCAAAUAAUCUCUAUCAUAUAAUUCUCAAUAUCAAACAAAAACCAAAUUUUUCAUUUGGAUAUUUUUUUUAUCCAAACUAUUUUAUUCUAUGAAUCUAUAUUUGAUUAAUGUUAAUUUAUUAUGAUAGUUAGGAAAUAUAAUUGUUAAAAUUACCAAAAAUCA